AUGGGCAAAACUGCACCUCUGAAGAACAAGGGUGCUACCUCGGUGCGUUCUCGCGCGGCCAAACGUGCAUCAUCUCCAAGUAUCGACACCGAUAAGUCUCUUAAAAAUGUCAAGACUCCAACAGAAACGGUAUAUCAACCACAGGUUCUGUCUCCACACCAAGGCGCAGGUAUCUCUAAGAAGACUGGUGGGAGGAAAGCUCAAUUGAGCACAAAGGCAAAGAAGCGACAACAGCAGGGAUUGGAGAGAGGGGAAGCGGUGAUGGAUAGGACGUCAACGAAAAUCGAGAAGAGCAAGUACAGAGGAAGAAACGUUCAGGACAGAGCAAAGACCUGGGAGGCUCUAAACAAGAAAGCACAGGAAGCUCUUCAAGCAACGAUGGAUAAAGAGAAUGAGGUUUCCGAGGAAGAGGAUAUGGAGGAAGAUCAAUCUCAAGGAGAAGUUGAGAUGGAUGAUACUUCAGGUGCUCCAGUUGUUCCUGAUGCGGCCCAAUCAAUCCCGCUCCCUGCACCGGUAGAGGAUGAAGAUGAGAUUCUAUGA